AUGCGGCCCUCGAGAGACCGGGACGCCGCUCGCCGCAAACGGCGCCGCGCGCCAGAGGACGAGGUCGAUGCCACAGGCCCGCACCCACCGAGGCGAGAGGAGGUUGAGGACGACGAUGACGCGGACCACUCCUCCGGUGACGAAGCCAACGACGAGGAGGGGGAGGACUUGUACGGGGAGAACUUCAUGCAGGACUAUCUCCAGCCGGAUGAGGAGAGCGAGGUGGCCGAAGAUGAAGUUGGCGAGGACAACGACUGGAUCGCAGACGACGACAGCUCCGUUUCCGAGAUCUCCGAGGGCGGCCGCAUCGCUGUAGACGAGCUGCUUGAGCGCCGUCGGGAGAAAGAGGAGGCGCUAGCCGAGGAGCGGCGGCAGCUGCAGGAAGGCAUCUUCAGCGACGUGGACGACGACGAUGACGAUGAUGCGUCGUGGGCUUCCGAGGAGGGCGCGGGCGGUUUGACACGAAUUAGGGGCGCCGCGGCUGGCGAUCAAGGCGGCGACAUCGAUCACGGAGAGGACGCCGGCUACGGCGAUCCCAACGACGAGGCCUACGUGCGUGGAGACCUGGAGGCAAUGAAUUUCAACUGGCGGCAGCCACAGGGGGAGCUGGUGGAGUGGCUUGCGCAGGAGCUGCCUCGUCGUGUGAUUAAGAACCGCAUCUACAACUUCUACUACAACUACAUCGUGAACGACGUCAGCGUCUACGAGGAGAAGGUGAACGCCAUGACGCGCGAAAACGACAAGAGUUUUCAGCUGAGCUACGAUCAUCUGAGCCGCGUGUACGACAGCGUUCUCGCGCUGUGGCUGGUGGACGCUCCAGAUCCGAUGAUCGAGCUACUGGAAGAAGCUGCCAACUACUUCACCUUCAAAGUGUACCCGCAGUAUCGUAAGGUGCACUCGCACAUCUUUGUUCGGAUUUGCGACCUGCCCUUGUGCGAUCCGAUCCGCGACUUUCGCCAGGUGCACAUGAAUGUGCUCGUACGGGUGGAGGGGGUGGUGAUUCGCCGCUCGCCGGUGUACCCGCAGAUGGACGCCGUCAAGUACGACUGCGCGCGGUGCUCCUACAUUAUCGGACCCAUCUACCAGCGCGGCGACAAGGAGCAGCGCGUGAGCAUGUGCCCCAGCUGCCACAGCAAGGGUCCGUUCCGCGUGAACAUGCGCCUGACGGAGUACCGCAACCAUCAAACCAUAGUUCUGCAGGAGCCCCCUGGCAAGGUACCGCCUGGGCGGCUGCCGCGCAGCUUGGAGGUGGUGCUGACGAACGACCUCAUUGAUCGCGCGAAACCUGGCGAGGAGGUGGACGUGACGGGAAUAUACCGCAACAACUUCGAUCCGUUGCUCAACAGUCGUCAAGGCUUUCCCGUCUUCACAACCGUGCUGCACGCGAACAACGUUAUCCGGCGCACCACGGAGCUGGGCAUGCUUCGGCUGCCAGAUGAUGAACGACAACGCAUUAUCGAGCUCAGUAAGUCGCCCAACAUUCGAAAGAAGCUCUUACAGUCCAUUGCGCCGAGCAUCCACGGCCGCGACGACAUCAAGCUCGGGCUGCUGCUGGCCAUGAUGGGUGCAGUGCCAAAGGACAUCGGCGGCGAUCAGUCGCAUCGCAUUCGUGGCGACAUCAACGUCCUCAUGGUUGGCGAUCCCGGCUGCGCAAAGUCGCAGUUUCUCAAGUUCGUUGAGAAAACGGCCGACCGCACAGUCUUCACGACUGGCCGCGGCUCCACCGCUGUGGGUCUGACGGCAUCCGUGCACAAGGACAGCGUCAACGGUGACUUCGUGCUGGAGGGCGGUGCCCUCGUCAUUGCGGACCGCGGCUGCUGCCUCAUUGACGAGUUCGACAAAAUGUCUGACCAAGAUCGAACGUCGAUCCAUGAAGCUAUGGAACAGCAGACGAUCUCGGUGGCGCGCGGUGGCAUUGUGACGACGCUGUCCGCGCGCUGCUGCAUCAUCGCGGCGGCGAAUCCGAUGGGCGGCCGCUACGACCCCUCUACCUCGUUCGACGCGAACGUGAGUCUGACCACACCGAUCCUCUCCCGCUUCGACCUGCUGUUUGUGGUGCGGGAUGAGGUGAACGUCGAGUUGGACGAGCGGCUUGCGACGUUUAUCUGUGACUCGCACAUGCGCAACCACCCGCGAACGCAGGAGGAGACGCGGCUUCUGCAGCGCGACAGGCACGAGGAGCUAUCGAGGUUGCGUUACGCGCUGGAGAACGCGACAACAGAGGGCGAGCGCGAGGAGUGCGAGGAGCAGCUGCGGCGCCUGCGCGAGAGCCUCGAGGAUUCUUCCCGCUUCGAGGACGACGACCCAGACAGCGACAAGCCGCUCCCGCAAGCCUUGCUGCGCAAGUACAUCCUGUUCGCGAAGAGCCACUGCUUUCCCCGCAUCUCCAACAUCGACCCCGACACCAUCGCGCGUCUCUAUGUGGAGCUGCGGCAGGAAUCGAAGCACGGCGGCAUCGCCAUCACAGUGCGGCACAUGGAAUCCGUCAUUCGCCUCUCCGAGGCGCACGCGCGGGUGCACCUUCGGGAAUACGUGACCGACGAGGACGUCACCGCGGCCGUCUCGCUCUUUCUCCGCUGCUUCAUACAGACACAGAAGUACAGUCUACGCAGCGCGAUGGAGGCACGCUUCCGCAAGUUCCUCGAAUCCGACACGGAAAGUCUACCACUCAUUCGCCACCGCAUCAAGGUGGCAGUGCAGACGGUGCGCCAGUUCGAGCGCCAGCUCUCUGGUGGGGUGGAGCCGACCCAAGUGCGCAUCGACGUAUCGGAGCUUGACUACUACACAGCAAACGUGUCUCAAGAGGCCCUCAACGCCUUCUAUGAGAGCGCGGAGUUCAGGAGGGAGUACCGGCUGAUUCGAGACCCCGUGACGCACGCGCCUCUGCAGAUUGAGCACUCGCUGGCGUGA